AUGCCUAAGGCCACCUCCACCGCGAAACCCGCUGAUAACCUGUUGAAGCGCAAGGGCGCUGGUGCUGGAACUAAGCAAUCUAAGAAAGCUGCGAAGGAUCCUAACAAGCCUAAGAGGCCUCCAAGUGCUUUCUUCGUUUUCAUGGCUGAGUUUAGGGAGUCUUUCAAGAAGGAGAAUCCUAACAACAAAUCUGUUGCUGUGGUUGGCAGGGCUGGAGGAAAAGAGUGGAAAGCACUCUCUGAAGCUGAGAAGGCUCCUUAUGUUGCUACUGCAGAGAAGAAGAAGGAGGAGUAUGAGAAGGCUAUCCGUGCCUACAACAUUUCAUUGACUGAAGGAAAAGCUGCAUCUGAGGAAGAGGGAUCUGACAGGUCCAAGUCUGAAGUCAAUGAUGAAGAUGAUGAUGAUGAGUCUGACGAGUAG